GUCACCUGCGGUAGUACUAAUUGCAACUUCCCAAUUUUUAUAAAAAAUCCAAUGAAAAUUAAAAAACAUAUUUUCGUACCUUUAAUGCAAUAAUAUGUGCAUUUUGAAGCAUGCCGAUUCAGGCUCCCUCAUGGACAGAUUUUCUGAACUGUCCCAUUUGCUGCAAUGAAUUCGCGGCAAGCCAGCGAUGCCCUGUCAGUCUGGGCUGCGGGCACACCAUCUGCAAGCUAUGCCUGACGACCCUCUACAACCGGCAGUGUCCCUUCGAUCAGACGGUGAUUGUCAGCGACAUCGACAAUCUUCCCAUAAACCAUGCUCUGCUUCAAUUGGUCAAGGAUUCGGAACUCUUGGAGCUGGGACCACCACCUGCCAGUGUCCAGAAGCUGGAACCAGAACACCUUAAGUGUUACCAACUGGGGCAGCGGUGCAUUGAGGAGCUGGCCUUGCACUUGAAGUCCUUCCUUAAUCUGAACGGGAAUGGCAAUCUUCUAACUCGACCUAUGCAACGGAAACUGGUUACUCUGGUAAACUGCCAACUGAUGGAGGAGGAGGGACGGGUAAGGGCACUCCGUGCUGCCAGAUCCCUGGGCGAACGCACAGUCACAGAACUGAUCCUGCAGCACCAGAACCCCCAGCAAUUGAGCUCAAACCUGUGGGCAGCAGUGCGGACAAGAGGAUGUCAAUUUCUUGGACCCGCCAUGCAGGAGGAGGUGCUGAAGCUGGUUCUCUUGGCAUUGGAGGAGGGAUCAGCACUAUCGCGCAAAGUACUGGUCAUGUUCGUGGUUCAGCGACUGGAACCGCAGUUUCCUCAGGCCUCCAAGACGAGUAUCGGACAUGUGGUACAGCUGCUCUAUCGUGCCAGCUGCUUCAAGGUAUCCAAACGGGAGGCGGACUCGUCAUUGAUGCAGCUCAAAGAAGAGUUUCGGACCUAUGACGCCUUACGCCGCGAACAUGAUGCUCAGAUCGUCCAGAUAGCCACCGAGGCUGGUCUACGAAUUGCCCCGGAACAAUGGUCUUCCCUGCUCUACGGCGAUGUAAUGCACAAGAGCCACAUGCAGAGUAUCAUCGACAAGCUGCAGACGCCCAGCUCCUUUGCCCAAUCAGUCCAGGAACUGGUCAUCGCUUUGCAACGGACUAGUGAUCCCGCUAAGCUGGCCAACCUGCAUCACCAUCUGAAGUACCUGGCCAAUAUCGAUCCAUGUGCUGAGGUGGCUCCUUGGCCGGAUUUGGCUGAAGCCCUGGAUGCAGUGCGACAUUCGGUCGUGGGACUGGUGAACUUCCUUCAGCACCAUGGUGUACGAAAGGCACAGGACGGCAUCAGUGGCGGAGGCAGUGGUGGCACGGCCAACAGUAAUCCCAAAUACAAGAUUAGCCUGUGCAGAGACUUGAACGUACGUAGAGUGUGUCCCAGAGGUGCUAGCUGUACCUUCGCCCAUUCUCAGGAGGAGGUCGAGCGUUAUCGUGCCCGAAAUCGCGGUAAGCAUAUGAAGACACCUCUGGCGCUUCAAGGACCUCCAGCCGUGGGCGGUGGCGCUAUCAAAAAGCCACUAGGAGAGCAAGAUGGGCCGACUUUGGGAGUUCCACCCAUGUUGCCAAUGUCGCCCAUGCAUUAUAUGGGUUCACCAAGGACUUAUCUGGAUCCCAGCUUGGGUCUAUCGCCAGGGGGAGGUCUGCCACAGCAGGCUCCACCACCUCUGCUCCAUCCUUCGCAUCAUAGUCCCAUUGCCCGACUCAUAGUGCCCAACCGCUAUGAUCCCCGUUUCAGCGCCUAUGGUCAGCCAAGAAAUCCUUCGCCCAGGGAAUUUCAAAACAAUCCGGGAGCUCCGCAACGUAAUGCCAACCCACCGAACUUUAGUGUGAAUAGCAACCUGCACAAGGGCUAUAUGGUUCCUGGCGGCGGUGGGGACGUCUUCCAUUUGGGCAAUCCCUGGGAGCAAGCCUAUCUGGCUCAGCAUCAGCAACACCCUCCACAGCAUCCCCAACAGCAGCAGCCACCGUCCAGCAAGCCAAAUCCCAGCCGACCGUUGUCGAUUUUAGCCGCAACAGCUGAUACCUCAUUUUAUGAAAAGAAACCGCCGAAUAGUGUUAACAUAGAUCUGGAAAGAGCCGCGGAGGCCGAUGUGGAUGCAGUGUCUCUGUUCCGGCGAUCUAACAACAACCAUAACAACAACAAUAGCAGCUCCCACAACAACAACAACAAUAACAAUCAUAGCUCAUCACUGCUCUUCUGGAAUAAUACGGGCAAAGAGUCGGCGAACUUUGUGCGAUCGGACUCCAUAUUGGAUGAUGAUGCGUCCACCUUCGAUAUGCCGACUGGCUCCUCCAUCCUAAGUCGCUAUGGUCCUAUUUGUCCAAAAAGUAGCACGACCAGCAAUUGGAACAACUGGUUAAUGGAGAACGACAGUGAUCUGGGAUAUGGAGGCUACAAGAGCGACAGGAACGAUAACUUCAAUGCCAGUAAGCAGCAGCAGCCGAUUUGGGGAAGGAAGCCACAGCUGAUGUCGGAGGAUAGCUUCGAAGGCGGCAUCGACAGUGGAAUGAUGCUGCAGCUGGAGAAGAACUUGGUUGACAUCGUCGAUCCCGAUGACAGUGGUAUCAAGGUGGACUAGUUCUCCAUCAUCCAGCUCACUCAGCCAGAGGAUAUUUCUAUAUAGGUGUUUAUAUAGAUCGAAUGGGCGGGAAGUGAAUAUGUAUAAUGCAAUCAUUUUACACAUCGUUAGAGGUUUGUACCGCACAGUUCAAACUUUGGUAGAAUUUCAAAUGUAAUUGUAGUUUAAACUGAUCCGACCGAUCCGUUAUUGGAUCGGAGCCAAAAACAAAACAUCAAUUGGGUUGGGUACCAUCUAUUAGAAUCUAUUAAAUAAUUGUCUAAUUAGUUCAUUGUUCAAAUUCUGUGGAAAUGUGUUUAAUCAUGUUCGUGUUAUGUUUCAAAUUCGGGGAUUGUGUCUAGCAAAUGCAAAACAAAACAAAAGCAAAAAAAGAAGCAAACAAAAAUAAACUCAACUUAGCUCGUAAAACUUUGUGUGUAGCCUAGAAUUCAGCUCAGACUUGUAGAUCUGCUAUGAAUACGAUUUGUAGGAACCCCCCUAAACAAAAACUAAGGUGAUCAAGAGUGAUGAGGUGAUGAGAUAUGCAAACGCUUGUUGAGAUCAGGCAACAUCCAGAUUUGUAUAGCAGCAAAGAUUUUAAAGCAAUUUUCUCAGAUGUAAUAGAAUUUGUGCACUAAUUAACUGAAUCAUGAUCACAAGACUUCGAGAUCUAAGUAAAAACUCAAAUUCUGAUCCAAAAAAAGUGUGUUUAUCAUCAUGCCCCUGAUUAUUUGUGAUCAAAUUUUGAUUGAUUGUGUAACGCUGUAAACAUAGAUAUAAACAUAUAUAUUUUUUUUAAUUAUUAACUAUUUCAAAACGCUAUUUUUAUAUAUACAAAAAUCAGCAGGGCUGAAAGGACCUGAACAUCCGAUCGCUCUCAAAACACAAUCACACACAUACACCCAACACGCAUACACACUGAGCCACACAGGACACGAACGAUCAUUUGUAUGUGUGUGAAAUGAAUGUUUAUAUUUCUUAAAGAAAUUUUAAUAACGCUAUUGUGCGAUGUUGUUAACUAUUGUACUAUAUAUUAUUAAAUUUAUUGAAAAUAAAUUAAAAUCACCCCUUCUCCCAUUUUGUAAACUGUGAGAAAAAUUAAAGUACAGAAAAUGUGACGAACCGAGAAGUUUAAAUGUCAGUCAGGGCUUUGAGAACAUUUACACAUACAUAUACCUACUCUAUGCAAAUAUAAAUUUAUAUUUAUAUCUAGAAACUAACCAAUUUUGUGCGCUCUAUUAUUAAUAUUAUAUAUUAAUGUCAGUUGAGCCCGCGUUUUGCUUUCAAGACUUUGUACAUCAUUUUGAUUUGAAGCAAAAGAGAAAUGAAAGAUUUUGUAACUUGUAUUUGUUAAGCGAUGAAAUCAGGAACCUUAUAUUUAACUGCGCUUGAUCAUAGAUGAAUAUAACGUAUAUAUCUUUACAAAUAUAUUUUAUUGUUAACGAGUUUCGAUGACGUGUGUGUAGUAGAAUCUAUGUAAAAGUAUAUUACCCUGCCGGGGAGUAUUUGUUCAGUUGUGAGCUAGUUAAAAUUGAUCGAACGCAAUUUUAAAAAACAAAAAAACAUACAUUUAAAUAUGUAUUUUCCUAUUACUCAGAAACUAAAGCAUUCAAUGUAUAGAAGCGAAUCGAGGGAGCUAAUUGAGAUUUCUCCAAUCUCAGAUUUAUCUCCUGUGAAAAUAUAGAAGAAGGCCGGACGGAGAGGCGUCUAACUGCGUACUUAAGUCCCGAUCAAGAUCCAGAUUUGGCGUUCUCCGACCGGCCUUUGGCUGUGGUGAAGUUUUUUUUUUAGCUUAAACCCAAUGGGUUCAGUUCAUAAUAACGUAUUUGUUGAGUUGAGUUUUGUAACUUUAUAAUUUACAAUCAGUCCAGCAACCCGCCAAACCUCCCAUAACUUCAAAACUGACCGACUGGCCCUUUUUUUAUACAGAUCGUGCCGAGCAAUUCACACAUAUACACACUGACAUUUUCUAAUUACACACACUUAUUUAAAUGCAUAUAUAUAUAUUUAUACAUAUGUUAAUUAAAUGUAUUUUUGGUAUUAUCACUCAAUGUUUCUACCCUAAGCAAAUUUCGAGUUCUGUUAAUCAAAGUGGAAAAAAAAAUAUGAAAAAAAACUUAUUUAUUUUAUUUACCAAUAAAUUUUCACAAAACUUUUA